ACCAAAAAGCAAAAACCAGAAUCAUAUCCAAAGAGAUUCCUCGGCUCCACUACUAUGAUACAGGAAAUGAGAUGAAUGGCUCAUGUGGAAGAAAGGGUGACACGUGGAGUUUAGUGGUUGGUGGAAGUGAGAAAAAAUACGUGGAGCAAAGUGAUCAGAGCAAGCAGGCUUUAAGAGGGAACUAUUCAUCAUCAUCUUCAUUAUGCAAAAAUGUGAAACUUGAAAAACUUGUAAAACUCUAAAAAUAGUUAUGUUAGUUUGCUAGGUUUCUCUCAUCUUGAGAGCUAGCGUUUGAUCAAUUCUGUGUUUCAUGAACAUUGAUUUGAUGGUUACGGUUACAAAUUGUUGAUUGUGAAGUUUUCUUUAUCAAAGGUAUCAGAGCUGUGUCAUCCUCGGAAUAUAUGGAGGAAACGCGAGCUGAGACGAAGGUGAAUGAAGCUAUGGAUCGUGAAAAGUCAUUGGUGUUGCGAUGCUCAAAAUGCUUCGAUUACACAUCGGCGAAGGGGAUAGUGAAGAAUUGGUGAACAUUGAGGUUGAUGUUGAGAAAGAAUCGUUCUCAGAUUCUGUAAUUGCUUCACAGUUUCCAGAGGUUCAAGUGACUCCACAACAAGAGUUGGUUCAAGACACAGUUUCGAUUGUGGAUAUUGAUACUGAGCCGGAGACAAAAUCGACUGAGCACAUGUCUCCAGUAGCGAUCUCGGAGGAAGAACUAAUUCCACCAUCUCAGGUAUCAAUUUCUACAUUGGAACCUAGCCUUCAAUUAAAUGCAUCAACGGUUGUUUGUGAGGAUUCCCAAUCUGUUUUUGGCUGUGCUGGUUUGUUUAAUCAUCAAGAAACGAUACUAAAAGCUUCAUAUGCCAAAACAAGGGAUAUGUUAAUUCAGAAAUCAACAAGUAUCACAGACAAUCAGGUUACACACCAACUGUUUGGUAAAAGGUCUCAGGCUAAAGAAAGACUGAAAGUGAAGAAAAAGAGAAAAGGCUUGAAGUCUUGGAGGUUUAAAUAUAAACAAGGGAGUGAGAGACUGUGGAGGUUACACAAUAGGGUGUUCUCCUUCUUAAGUUUGUGUGACAAUAUGAUUGAUAGGCUUGGAACAACAAGGAGGAGAAAGUUGUUUGGUGGACUUGAUGACAGAAUAUUUGGAACAAUUGUUAUUGGAGAAGCUCAUAAAGCACCACUAAACAGAGCACAGUUUAUGCAGCCUUUUGCGAUCGUGGAACCUUUCAAGAUAACCUGGGCUGUGCAGAGGAUUGGAGAAAGAGAGACUGAUGAGAAGCGUAACAGAAAACUUGUGAGCUUCUUUGUUGUUGGAGCAGUUCCUGAAGCAUCAUUGAUCGUCAAGACGUUUCGACAUAAGGAAAAAAUGGGAACAAAGAAGACAACAAGACGGGUUAAAUCUUGGAUGUUCAAAUUCAGAAAAAAGAAGAGUGGUGCAGGUCAUGGAAAACAAUCUGUGUAUGAUUGGAUAAUACUGGUGAUGGAGCAGCUGAUGCAAACGGGUUUGAUCAUUCAAGAACUCAUGGGAGAAAAUGUGCUACAACGGAGGAGACAUAAGACCUGGUCCAUGCUCCUUAGGGAUUGUUUCAAGGAAGAUGAUCUUGUGUAUCAUGAACCACUUCCAAUUUGGGCACUUAUCAGAUUCAAGUUCUGGAAGUUCAAAUUCUUGAACAGGAAUUUGCAGAAACCCAGUUUACCAACAGAGAAGGAUAUGGACAACCAAGAUGAGAUGUUCAUUGUGAUGAGUGUAUUAUUGCUGUUGAAUGGAAAUGAACGUUCAUUCCGUGAUAAGGUAUUGAUCCAACAGCUGGAAUGGGGAGAUUGUGCAGAGGAUUGGACUCAAGAAGUGUCUGUUGUCAUCUGUUUUAUCUUGAGGAGACAUUUACACUUGAGUUUUGAUUGUGUAGAACAUGUUUUAGCUAGACGAAAGAGGAAUCAUGGUCUUUCUCUUGGAUUACAGACAAGAUGUUUCACACAUUAUGCAGCAACCUGGGCUGUACAGAAGAUUGUGGGAAAAGUGGCUCCUAAUGUUGAGAGGUUCCAAAUCAAACACAAAUGGCGAUUUAAACUCUUGCCAUCGAUCAAGUACAAAGCAUCACUCAAGAAGGGACUGUUUCUGAAUUCUUUUGGUAUGGUGGUUCUCUUAGAUAGAGUGCAGGGUCCUACUGCUCACAGUCAAGCUAGAGACACACCGCUAAUAAAACAGUUCCUACUUAAUGAUGAGAGCUUCAAAAUAAAGCACAAAUGGAGUCAACAAUGGCGAUUUCCUUGCAACUUAGUUAGUUUCUUCUCUACAAACCUUGAGGUCAAGGUUUCUUGAAAGGGGGAGAUUUGAUACAGGAAAUGAGAUGAAUGGCUCAUGUGGAAGAAAGGGUGACACGUGGAGUUUAGUUGUUGGUGGAAGUGAGAAAAAAUACGUGGAGCGAAGUGAUCAGAGCAAGCAGGCUUUAAGAGGGAACUAUUCAUCAUCAUCUUCAUUAUGCAAAAAUGUGAAACUUGAAAAACUUGUAAAACUCUAAAAAUAGUUAUGUUAGUUUGCUAGGUUUCUCUCAUCUUGAGAGCUAGCGUUUGAUCAAUUAUGUGUUUCAUGAACAUUGAUUUGAUGGUUACGGUUACAAAUUGUUGAUUGUGAA